AUGAAAUUCCUUGUGCUGGCUGCUCUGCUCACAGCGGGGGCUACUGCGCACAGCAUCAGCACUCGGGCGGUGUGGCAGUUCCGCAACAUGAUCAAGUGUGCGAUCCCCGGGAGUAAGCCUUACCUAGAGUAUAAUAACUAUGGCUGCUACUGUGGCUUGGGAGGCUCAGGCACCCCUGUGGACGAUUUGGACAGGUGCUGCCAGACUCAUGACAACUGCUACACCCAGGCCAAGAAACUAGACAGCUGUAAAUUCCUUCUGGACAACCCCUAUACCAACACCUACUCAUUCACGUGCUCUGACAAUGAGAUCACCUGCAGCAGUAAAAACAAAGACUGUGAGGCCUUCAUCUGUAACUGUGACCGCGAAGCUGCCAUCUGCUUCUCCAAGGUUCCAUACAACAAGGAGAAUAAAGACAUAGACAAAAAGAAAUGUUAGACUUCUCACCUCAGUUCCUGCCUAAACACCCUACCUUCCUUGUUAUCUUCACCUCACGCCCCUCA